AGAUUCUUGAUCCCGACAGCUACCUCACAGAACAAAAAAUAGCAAGAAUAUACAACAGCAAAAACCUCAACCUCGACCUCAACCAUCUCCAAAUAUCUGAGCUGUAUCUGCAGUCGUGAAGAGUGGUGAAGAGCAACAGCUGAUCAGAUGACAUUGAUGUCUGCUGCGGCGCGGCAUUUCUGGCCGGCAUUUACCGCAGCCGAGCUCCGAUCAUCUCUCACUUUAAUCCUCUCUUCCUUCUCCUUUUCUUCUCACCAUAUCUGUUGCUAUACACCAGGCAGGUUCGUAUAAGUAAUUAUAAUGACGUCUACACCCGGAACACCAUCCUCGAGAAUCCCGCUCUCGGUCGCGGGACCGGUGCUGUGUCCUUACGAGGGCCUGGAAAUGCUGAAUCUGCCUCAGUUUAACAGAGGAACCGGGUUCACCGCCGAAGAGCGCGAGACGUUCAAGUUACAUGGUUUUCUUCCUUCCUCGUUGCAGACGCUCGAAAGUCAGGCGACGAGGGCGUAUCAGCAGUUUAGAAGCUUGCCUACGCCGCUUGAUAAGAAUUCGUUCCUCAUGAGCUUGAAAACGCAGAACGAGGUGCUGUAUUUUAGGUUACUCCAGGAUCAUCUGAAGGAGAUGUUUAGCAUCGUCUAUACUCCCACCGAGAGCGAGGCGAUUGAGCAAUACUCGAGACUAUUUAGACGCCCGGAAGGGUGUUUUUUGGAUAUCAACUUCCCAGAGCGGAUUGAAGAGUCGCUUCUCGCGUGGGGUACGAAUGAGAAUGUAGACUACAUCGUCGUCAGUGACGGCGAGGAGAUCCUGGGAAUCGGAGAUCAAGGCGUCGGCGCGAUCGGAAUCUCGAGCGCAAAAGGCGUGCUGAUGACUCUCUGCGCAGGCGUGCACCCGUCGCGAAUCAUCCCCGUCGCACUCGACGUCGGCACCGACAACUCCGCCCUGCUCAACGACGACCUCUACCUCGGCAACCGGCACAGCCGCGUGCGCGGCGCGCGCUACGACGACUUUGUCGCAAAGUUUGUGGAGGUCGUCAAGCGCCAGUAUCCGCGCGCGAUCCUGCAUUUCGAGGAUUUCGGGCUGUCGAACGCGAGGAGGCUGCUGGAUACAUACCGCCCGCAGCUUGCGUGCUUUAACGAUGACGUGCAGGGCACCGGCGCUGUUACCUUGGGCGCGUUGUUGGCGGCGAUGAAGGUCCUGCGGAUGCGCAUGCGGGAUAUUCGGUUUGUUAUCUUUGGCGCGGGUACGGCGGGGACCGGCAUUGCCGAUCAGAUUAGGGAUUUUUUAAAGACAGAGGAUGUCGAGGCCGAGCAGAUCUUUGAGCAUAUCUGGCUCGUGGAUAAGCCGGGUCUGCUCAUGAAGUCGAUGGGCGACAAGCUCACGCCCGCGCAGCGCCAGUACGCGGCCUACGACGAGCGAUGGGAGGGCUGCGAUACCACCUCGCUGCUCGAGGUGAUUAAGCGCGUGAAACCUCAUGCACUGAUCGGCUGCUCUACAAAACCAGGCUCGUUCACGGACGAGGUCCUCAGCGAGAUGGCAAAGCACGUCGACCGGCCGAUCGUGUUCCCGCUGAGCAACCCCACGCGCCUGCACGAAGCCACACCCGAGCAGAUCCUGCGCGCGACGAACGGGAAAGCACUUGUAGCUACCGGCUCACCAUUCGACCCCAUCAACGGCCGCGAGAUUGCCGAAAACAACAAUUGCUUCGUCUACCCCGGCAUCGGCCUCGGCGCGAUCUUGUCGCGCGCAGACCGCAUCACCGACGAGAUAAUCGCUGCCGCCGCGCUACAGCUCUCGAGUCUUGCGCCGGCGGUGACUGCCGACGAUCCCGACGGCCCGCUCCUCCCCGACGUGCAAGACAUCCGCGAGAUCUCGGCCAAGGUCGCGACGGCGGUCGUGCUCAAGGCGCUCGAGGUCGGCGUGGCGCGCGUGGAGCAGAUGGAUAAGGUGCGCGUGCCGCGCGAGUACGGCAAGUGCCUGGCGUGGGUCAAGACGCAGAUGUGGAAGGCCGAGUACCGGCCGCUGAAGAGGGUGAUGUUUUAGACCACCAGAAGCAGUAGAGCAGUUACUGAUAAAGGCAAUUGCUUGUUGUUGACGUAAGAAGGGUUUGCAGAACAAAAUAAAGAAUAAGGUUUGCGCCGUAUCCCGUGCGGCUGAGAUUAAAA